GUGAGGGCUCCCCUCAGCUGAGUGACCCCUCAAGGGAGGGAUCCCCUCAAUGAGGGACUCCUUAGGUGAGGGUCCCCCUCAGGCCCGUGCUCCCCUCAGGAAGCCUGGAUUUUGGAUUACACAGUUUGGAAGGAAAAGGAUCACAUCUCGGAUCACAGCUUUGAUUCUGCGCUGGAUAUGUGACAAAACUUUCCAGUUCACCUCAAGACACCACCAAUAUGCCCAUUGUAAAGUACCCCAGGGCUAGAGAGCCCCUCUAUUACGAAUGGGACAGGAAAGCCCAGAAAUGUGGGUUAAGACACACAGUUUAUGCUGUAAAUGGGGAUCAGUAUACUGGAGAAUGGCUGGACAACUUGAAACAUGGUAAAGGCACCCAGAUAUGGAAAAGAACUGGAGCUAUUUACAGCGGUGACUGGAAGUUUGGGAAGCAGGAUGGUUAUGGCUCAUACAGCGUUCCUGACCCUGUAACCAAGGAAUACAAGAGGGUGUACACAGGCUGGUGGAAAAAUGGCCAGAAAACUGGCCAGGGGGUGUUCUUUUACCCCAACGGGGAGCGCUACGAGGGCGAGUGGAGCGAUGGAGUGCGGGGCGGCUGGGGCCGGAUGUACUACCUGGAUGGAUCCAGCUACGAGGGACAGUGGGAGGCGGAUCAGCCCAACGGGCAGGGGAUGCUGCAGCUCCCAAAUGGAAAUCGGUACGAAGGAGGUUGGAAAGAUGGAAAGAAGAAUGGCCCAGGGAGAUACUUCUACGUGGAUAAGGGACAGUUGUUAGAGGGCACCUGGGCAGAAGAUAUAGCAAAGUGUGGAGUUCUGGUUGACUUCGAUAGAGACAAAGCUCCGGCCCCUACUCAGUACCCAAUCCCAAAGAUUGAACUAGAAGAUCCAGCUGGUGUUUUAGCAGAGGCCCAGGCACUGCUUGAUGACAGCAAUAAUUAAUAACUGGAAGCUGAAGAAAAAGAAAAGAUGUAAGAUAAGAACAGUCCCGAGUUAUGUAUUCAUUUGAGUGUCAAAUCCACACUGUGGUGUAUCAUGGUCUGCUUCACUCUUCCCUCAAGGCUGUUCAGGUACACUUCACUCUGCAGCUGGCUUUGCUCAGUAGCCUCUUCCACUCCCAUUAUUUUGGAAAAGAAAGGAAAAAAAUUAAAGAGGAAAAAAAAAAAAAGAAAAACCACGAGCAGCAAAACACUGGAAGACAGGCAGGGGGACUCUGCUCAGCUCCUCUGACUUACUCCUGCUGUAAAGAGAUCACACUCCUCUUGGUUUCAAGGUCUUUGCCUUAGAGAAUGAGGGCUUUUAGUAUCUGCUAUAAAAGCAAGGCCCUAGAAAAGUACAAUCAAAUAACUCCCCCAAACUUAACCCAAUACAUACCUGUGACCCAAAAUGGCUUUUGAAGUUACAACAGAUCAUGUUUCAAUUAAUAAGGACACUUUAGGCCUCUAGAUAACAAACAAUCAGCAACAAUUAAGUAGAUUUUAUUUCAUGAAAGUAUUUUAUAUCUAAACAAGUGAUAUACAAUAACCAAUGUUUAAAAUGCUUGAGGUAAAUGCCUCCUAACACCGUUAGUAUAAAUAAGGGAUUAAAAAAAAAAUUAAGUGCACUCUUAAUGUUUAGAGCCACGUGUUUGUGUCUGGUUACUGCCUGGGCACACAGUGACAAAGGUACCCGAGGUGUAACUUUCAUGACCAUUUCCACAGGUGAAAACUGAGAGAAACAUACUCGAUAUCAUGGCUUAAAGUGCAGCAAACAGUCAGAAAAGCAGCUGCAAUAACAGUGCCACUAGCUCAGGGCCUACCAGUUUGAGAAAGUUAAAAUUAAGGUUGUCCCACUAGCUUUGAAGUCUGUAUCUCUUAAACAAAAAAAACCACCAAAAAUCCAUACUUCUCUGUCACUUUGUAAAAGAUUAACAACGGGAAAUUUAGCUACUUAUCCAGGACAGCAAGUAAUUUUUACAAAGUAAACUUGGAAAACUGAUGUUCUGGGCUUCAUUCAGAACUGCGUAACUUUUAAAUACACAGUUUAUGGACAGAAGUACAAUUUUUAAGCCUGACAGCACCCUUUGCUCAAAUGUGAAUACUGAGUCAGGUUUUCUUCUUUUACUGAGAGGUUUUAAGAGUUUUUCCCCAAGACAGGACUAGUAUUCCAGUAAAGGAUGGGAAAAUACACUUUGUGCCUAUUACCAAGACUUUCUGUUUUGGAAUGCUGCUUCCUUAAUGCCUUUACUAACAUAAUCCUUCCCGUGCUCCAUGAAUGAGCACCUGUGGGACUGUAGUUACAAUCCUCACCAUCAGAUUUACAUCAGGAAUAGAGCAGAUUGGAAGCACAACGCAAUGGCAGAGCUGAGAAAAUCCAGUUUGGCCUCUGUAUGCCAGAAGGACUUGUGAGAACAGCAAGUGCAAAGCUGUUUGCUGCUUGGGAACAGAGACUGCUGCUGAAAAGAACAGCCCAGCAGGUUUUUUUUUAUAGUUGUUUGUGACAAUACAAAGGCACCACGGGUGACCUUGUCAACACGUUGCACUGCGGUGCUGCUGACAGGAGAGAUCAGCCCCAUCUGCUUCAGAGGCUCCUGCAGCAGCAACCACACUCUGCACCCAAACUCCACAGGCACAUCCUGCAGUUUGUAAAUACCUUGGGAUAACCCCAGAUGGAGGUUGGUGAGACCACGUUCAGCCCAGGCUGUCAGGUACAAAUCCACUGUCCUGUCACAGUCACUCCUGUCUCAGGUCAAAAUCCCAGGUUUCCAUUCCACAGUGACAGCUAUGACAGGGAGGUCAAGUUUUUUCCCUUAGACUUGAAACCUGUCUCAGUUUGUGUUCAAAAAAGAGCUUUUAACUAUUAAAUCUCAGAGCCACUCCCUGGAAGAACUGUAUUCUAAAAAAUCCCACUCCUAGACAUAGCCACAAUUACUGAAGCAGCCCAGGACAACUGCUGCAAACCUUCUUGAACAAACUUCUUAUCUAGGAGACCAAAUGGAAGUUUUUGCCUUAAGAGGAAAUAAAGAAUGACACAGUA